UGUGUGGUUUAAGUACUUCCUGUAAUGGUGGAAACUGCAUUUUUAAACACGCACAGACGCAUUUAUCAGCUUGUUGUUGUUUUUUGCAUGAAUUUUGUCUGGAAGGAUUCAGUCCUGACCGUCUGUCUGGAUCACAGAGGUACUAAAAACAAGCGUCCCUCUAGCAUACGCGGAAGAACCUGCAGUUACAUCUGCCACUGUGCUUCGGUGAUGGAUGCACUGCUCUAAUACUUUCACACAGACUCACGCACAGCACGCGUAGACGUGUGCAACUUAAAGCGUUUAUUUGUGCUGUAAGAAGGAGCCGAAACCGGUGCGAGAUGGAGAGCUGCGACUUCCAGAGUCAGCUGCUGUCCGUCAUGGAAGUCCUGGCCAAGGCGGCUGUAGCUGAGAUAAACCGGCGUGUGGACCAGAGCUGCACGGUGCUCAGGCUGGAGGUGAGCCAGAGCCGGCGGGACAUCGACCUGCUGAAGAGCAAGUGUGAGGUGAUGGAGGCAGAGCUGAGGAAGAGCCGGAUGAGGGCCAGGAGAAAAGUGUUUAACAAUCCAUCAGCGGGGAGAUUCUCUCCUCUCGUCAAAGUAGUUCUGAACAAAGAAACUCAGCGCUCGCACUGGGACACACCGGUGGAAACUCAGGCUCCAGAUCAACCCCAGCAGUGUGCUGAGGCCGUGGAGCUUGCUAAUGGGCCUGAUCACAUACGGAUCAAAGAGGAGUGUGCAGAAGAGGAUAUGUGGAAAAAUGAUGCAGAGGACAGAUCAAUCUCUGGAGUCAAGCAUCAGCCGUAUUUCGACACAACAAAUCCUGCCCAGGCCGACAGCUUUGCAGAGCUUUACCGCUCGGCUGAAAACCCGGCCCUCUCUGAAGAUCUGGUUUCCCAAGUAGACGGCUACAGCGCUUUCCCAGAGCAGCAGCUGAACAGCGGCCAAAAUGGGAUCGAACUUGUAGUGAAACACGAGAAAGAGGAAGAGGCCGAUGAGGACGCAGCUCCACUCGGUUCAGCACACACUGUUGUGACAGAGACAGCUGAGGGGCAGCUGUGGCCAUCCAGCAUGUGCAGAGACAUGGGUGACCCAGGUGUCCCGUACACCGGGCAGCAGUUUGAGCAGAUUCCUGCUGCAUUUGCAUCUCCAGCCCAGUUGCAUUUGGAGGAUGUGGCACCCAGAGUUCACUCUGUUGGGAAAUUCAGUUCUCUUGUGCUAAGUUCUGCACGAGUGAAAAGACGAGGGAGAAGUUUUGGAUGUAAGAUGCCACAGUCAGAGGAAGGACAAAACUCUGCAUCCCAGAUGAACUCCACAGAUCCCACCUUGAUUCCUCAACAGUUACAGCAUCAGAGCAGAGACGCUGCUCCUCACGCGAGUAAUCCAGACGAGAACCGGACUGGGCCGAACCCCGCAGGCCCCUUCCCCACACACAGGGUUGGCAGCAGCUUGAGCCUGGCGAGGAGGAUGAGGACGCCCUGGAGGUCUGGGCUCGGCGAGAAGCGGUUCAGCUGCACGUACUGCGACAAAAGCUUCACCAGGUUCAGCCAGCUCAAAGAGCACCUGAGGAGUCACACGGGCGAAAAGCCGUUCAGCUGCAUGCAGUGCGGCCGGAGCUUCACCAAACAGUGCAACCUCAUCAGACAUGCGGUGGUCCACAGCGGGGAGAAGCCCUACGAGUGCUCACUGUGCGGGAAGUGCUUCACCCAGCGCUCCAGCCUCAAGUCUCAUCAGAAAACAGCGCACUUAUAACGUUUAUUUUAUACAACCGCCGCCCGUGUGGAGAACAUUUUCAUGGCUUUCCUAAUUGGUUUUGUUUUUGUGAUGUUACAUAUAUACAUAAUUUUAGACUGAGUGGUACAGAAUUAUAAAACUACAGUCAGGUUUAUGGCCCGGCUAAUGUGUUUCCAUCAGGCUCCACACAGGCUGCAUGCAAAAGAUGGAUUGUGGAAAGUUGUUAUUAAGUGUUUUAUCUUUUUAAGUUUAUUUUUCUUUUUUUAAGCCAGCUGUGGUGAGUAAAGGGUGGAAAUGAACUCAUAGACAGGGUACGCUGUUUUACUCCAACUAGGAACACAUUUAUUCAGUGAGACAUGUUUACUGAGGUCACAAACGGAGUAAAACUGAGUUCUUUUUUCAUAGAGUCGCCCUCUACUGGCUUUUUAAAAGAAUGCAGGUUGAAAGCACUUCUCCAAUGGCUUAAAAUUCAGACCUGAAGGAUAUGUCAAUGUUUCAUAUACAGUCUGUGAUCAGACUGCAAUACUAAUGCUAGCUUCAGUCCUUUUAAUUACUGGUUUCAAAUCACUUUAAAGACUCAUGAAACGUAGCUUUGUGUGUUAAUCCAUCAGCCUUAAUGAGAGGCUAAUGAAAAGCUAAAGAGGCUUUCUACCUCCCAUUCUUCUCUCUUCAUCUUCAAUCGUGUUGUUUUUCCUAAAUUACCAAUUUCAUAUCCAUUGUCUUUGAUAUUAACUUAUGUUAAUUUAAUCCUGAUAAGUUUGUCCCUGUGGAGCCCAAACUGCACAUUUGAACAAGUAAAUAAAGUUG